CGCGGCGGGGCUCGGCGCUGUGCCGUCGGUUGCGUUGUCUCGUCGGGCCCGGGUGAGCGGCGGCUCCUCGGGCGGGGCCUCGCUCGGUCUUGUCCUGCUGGCUGUCCGGCGUUUGUCGGGGUGGGCUGCGGGCGAGAGGGAGCGCAGGUGCCACAGCCCGGGGAAGCGGGUUUGUGGGGGGUGUCCCUUGGGGAGCCGUCUCGUUGAGGGAGCGGGGCUGCGCCGUAGUCCCCGCGGGCCAGGGGGUGCGGGCCUCCCCUGUUCGGUGUCGUCCGUGUGUUGAGGAACUGGUCCCCCAUGACGAGAUGGGCUCGCCGAAGACGCGCUCCCGGCGAAAAGGCGCUGGAUGCGACCCCCUGGGAGGAGAUGGAGGGGCAGGGCCGCCGAGGCCCUCUUCUGAAGAAGGAGCAAGAGAAGAGGAAGAAGAAGAACAAGAGGAAAAAGGACUACCAGAGCGAAGAUGUUAACGGGUUUGCGGCUUUCCUGAAGCAGAGCUCGGGGAGUGGCGAGGGAGCCGGAGCAGACAGCGCUGAGCUGGAGAAGGAAAUAGCCAUAGCCUUGAAGAAGGACAAGCGGCGGGAGGGGAGGAGGCUGAAGAGGCAAGAAAUGAAGAAAAAUGCCAUGGUAUGUUUCCACUGUAGAGAACCUGGACAUGGUGUUGCUGAUUGUCCUGCAGUACUUGAAAGUCAAGAUAUGGGUACAGGAAUUUGUUACCGAUGUGGAUCCACGGAGCAUGAUAUCAGCAAAUGCAAAGCAAAAAUGGAUCCAGCAAUUGGGCCAUUUCCGUAUGCAAAAUGUUUCAUCUGUGGUGAGAUGGGGCAUUUGUCAAGGUCAUGUCCAGAUAAUCCCAAGGGAUUGUAUGCUGAAGGUGGUGGCUGCAAACUUUGUGGCUCUGUGGAACACUUCCAAAAAGACUGUCCAGUAAAACAGAACAUAGACCAGGUUACGGUUGCGCGAUGGGCCACUGGAAUGAGUGCAGAUUACGAAGAAAUCACAGAACCACCAAAGCUGCAAAAACCAAAAGUGAAAGUACCCAAAGUUGUGACUUUCUGAAAGCUUUUUGGCUCUAAAUCACUUUGCCUGCACUGCUUCACUUUGGAGUAGGGACUACACAGAGUGGGUUGCUGAUUCCAGAAAAUCAAACUGACUGCUGCUACAAAAUUAUGUUGCCUUAUUUUUUUGACCCCCUCAUUUUUUCAUUUGCCUGCCAGACUCACCCAGCAUACUGCAAAGCUGCAAACCACAGAAAUACAGCAAGUGGGUAUUUUACUUUUGUAUAUCUCUGCUAAAAUCCAGCAUACCCUCUGAUUUGCAGUCCCUCUGACUGCCAGCUCUCUGAAGAAGGAAAUAGGCUGCUUCUUGGGACAGGGAUCUGGCUGCAAUAACCAAACAAGGGCAUGUGUGUUCUGUCACAGGGGCUUAUGACCAGUGGAUUUCUGUGGUCAGCAUUCUUACCUUAAGAGGGCUGUUUUACUUUACCAGAGAUGAACACAAUUAUGCUGAUCUUACCAAGAGUAUUUAUUUAUCUGAGAGGGGUUGUGGUUAUUUGCUGAAGAGCCACCUUCUUUUAGAGAAAAUGGGUUCUUUUUCUGUGUAUGCCUGCCUGAACAGUCCUGUGUUGGAGGUACCAGGUAAACCAUACAGCCUGUUUAGUUUCUGUGUAAAAUUCCCACUACUUGAUGCAUUAACCUGAUAGCUCACACAUGCUGGAUUGUUUGAGUGUGUUUGUUCAAUUAGAAAAAACAAUCAUGCCUUUUCUGUGGUAUCUGUGGUGAAAUACACCUGGAAGGAAUUUGAGAACAAGAGAGAAGCUUGCUCAGUUUCUUUGCCUUUUAUUUUCUUUACCUUGUUUUUUUCUUUACCUUGUUUUUUCUUUACAUGUUUUCCAAGGAAAGUGGUCAGAAGUUUUCAGUGUUUCUGUCUUGGUGAGCGGGGAGUAAACUGCUUUGUUAUAAGUGCCUGCUUAAUGGAGGAUUAUUUCUUUUUAAAUGGAGACUGCAGUCUGAAAGCCUUAAACUGUUUUUUGGGGUUGGUUGGUUUGUGGGUUUUUUUUUAAAGUUUAUUCCUGCAACAGCUCUCUAAUACUGUAGUAGCAGUACAGCAAUACCACCCAUGCAGCCAAUAGUGGUAGGCUUUUACCUGUGCCUGACUGGUGUUACUGGGAACACUAGGUAGAAGACUGGAGAUCAGGACUGGAUUUUGACAUGCUCAGGACCAGCUAUGGAAUGUGCUCUUCUUACAGCAAAUAAAACUUCACAUAUGGGAAUUUAAUGGUGUGGGUAUGUUUUAUAUUUGUACAUGUUAAUUAUUUUUAAUAAAACACUGCUAAAGAACACA